UGUUAUUUUCCCGAUGGCGAUUUGUAAUUUCCUGACCUUGGCAGUUGUGUUUGCACUUCUUCAGCUCAAGUUUACGACAGGACAGAAACCAUCUCCACAAACAAACCCAUGUAUGAUUUAUGACCUCAAAACUGGAAAUAUAGAAGGCGGGGCAUCAGUGCGUGUUGAUAUAUACGAAGAACGUAACCAAACUGUCAUUCUUCCAAUAUCUGGUGGAAAAAAUAUAAGUUUAGAAGUGAAUGCAGAAGAUGCGAAGAAGUUUGGUGUUAGUAUGGGUUUCAAUGGAACAUACGUAACAAUGUCUCUAUCAAAAGCAGUAGAUCGAGAUGGCACGUCCAUCCUGGCUGUAGAUGAUUUCGACGUAUUUAGUUUAGAUGUGAUAUGCAGGCACCAAGCCGCCAGUAACACCCAGCCAAAGUACAUCAGUGUCACUGUAAUGGUGAAAGAUAUCAAUGACAAUGCACCAGAAUUUGUCAAUUCUAAAUACUCUGCUGUCAUACAAGAGACAUUGCCACUUCGAAGUAGCGUGUUUCAAUUGACGGCUGAGGAUAAGGAUGCUGGCCUUUACGGGGCAAUAUACUUCUCAAUUAUAAGUGGAAAUAAAUUUGCAGGGAAGACAUACUUCAACAUCCCAGACGCACAACAUGGGGAGGUCGAGCUUAGUUCGAGACUUGAUUUUGACACGAAGGAGAAAAACAUUUUUGUUUUGUCUGUAAUUGCUGUGGAUGGGGCGGUUGAUGCGGCAGAAAGAAAAACAUCAACGGCAACUUUAACCAUAUUUGUCGAGGACAGCGACGAUUUACCGCCCACCUUCUACCACGAUAAAUGCCGUCAUACUUCACCGAUUCUACAUUCAUGCGACGCGGUGAUAUACCGGACUGAACUGAUUUCAGGAAACAUGGUUCCCGGCGCUCUUUUAAUGUUGCCAGUUGUAGCAGGACACGACAUCAAUUUAGAAAAUAUAACGGCAUUUGACAUGGAUAACCUAAAUGCUGCAAUAGCGUUUGAACUAAUUGGAAGUGCACCAAGUGGAUUUGCGAAUCAUAUCAUGGUAUCCUCAAGUGGCCCAACUACAAAUAAGAACUUAGGGACACAUGAAGUCUACACUGCUACACUAAGACAAAUAAGAACAGUUACAAGACAUGAAACAAAGGAAUUUUCUUUGUUUCUUAAGGCUAAACAAACUGAUGAUGAAAGCAAGUAUUGUAUAGCUCAAAUUAUGUUUACUAUUAUCCCUUCAAAUUUCAACUAUCCGGUCGUCAUGACAAACGUUGAUGGUAAUGUCGGCUAUAUAGCUGAAGAUGCACCAUCUGGCACAAUUGUUAGAACUGCGGCGUCGGGAGAAGUAGAACCACUGGAGAUUAGAGUGACAGACGCUGAUCUUAUUGCUGGUGAUACUCAAAGGUAUGAUUAUACAAUUGAUUCGACUGGCUCGAAAUUUUCGAUUCAGUCAUAUGGUGACAGAGCGAUUAUAUUGGAAACACAACCCCUCGCCUAUAGCGAAGUAUCACGUUAUGCAUUGAAGGUAAAAGUUACAGAAAGAACAGCGGAAGCUAGAACAGCUGCUAUAAUCAUUGGUGUGAUAAUUCAAUCAAGGAAUGAUUCAACUUACGAGAAGAAGUCUGGGAACCUGGUAUGCUCUGACGGACUGUAUGGACAGUACUGUAACAGAACAUGUCCGGCUAAUUGUGCCAGAUGUACGUCAAACACCCACUGUCUGGAAUGUGCGCAAGGAUUCUAUGGGACAAUCUGCAGCUUAUCUUGCUCAAGAAAUUGCCUGUUUUGUAAUAAAACUGACGGAUCCUGUAUCGGCUUUCUUAACUGUGAUAAUAAGAAUUCAACUUACGAGAAGAAGUCUGGGAACCUGGUAUGCUCUGACGGACUGUAUGGACAGUACUGUAACAGAACAUGUCCGGCUAAUUGUGCCAGAUGUACGUCCCACACCCACUGUCUGGAAUGUGCGCAAGGAUUCUAUGGGACAAUUUGCAGCUUAUCUUGCUCAAGAAAGUGCCUGUUUUGUACCAAAACUGACGGGUCCUGUAUCGGCUUUCUUAACUGUGAUAUUAUCAACAAUGAAAUUGACGAAAAAGGUGAAACAUGUUCUGUUCUAACACUGAUACUUGUUGCAGUCGGGUCUUCGUGUGGAAUGCUUGUAAUUGCCGCGUUUAUUGUUAUUAUACGGCGAGGAAAUGUCAUAUGUUGCGGAAAACGUCACGGAGAUAGACUUAAUGACGAAGCGUUACACGAUUAUCAUACAGAAAACGAAUCAAACAUUCAAACGAAAACAUCUGACAAUGUGAGUCAGAUCCACGAUGCAUUUGAGCUAAGUAAUGUGAAUUCUGGAGACAGCCAAAUUAAUACAGUAGAUUACGAGAACGACACUCCAUUGGAACACUAUGAAAGACUAGGAGGUACGAAUGAAGAGAACAAGCCGUACGAUGUUCUCAAAACUGCGGAAUAUGAAGCAUUAGGAGAAAGAACUAAAGAAGAACAGCAAUAUGAAGGUUUAAAUAUUUCUAAAUCCUAAGUAGACAAAUAGACAAACAUGUGGAAAUAAAGAAAACACGUUACCAAGUACAGAUGACUUUGCAGAUAUUUGUUUUGAUAUGGAAAAGCUUAGCGUACAUCUAUUUGUCAACAAAUGAUGUAGUUGGUUUUCUAAAAGUUCCAGUUUCCAGUGCAUGCAGCUUCUACCCAGAACUUCCUUCCUUGUCGAUCUGAAAAUACCGGAUAUGACAAUUUCUACGGACAGCAAUGAAUGGUUUGUGAAAGGGCUAAUCAUUAUAUGAUCAUAUAUAUUAUUGUCAUUAUAUAAUUAUCUUUCAAGUGACCUCAAAGAUUAUGUAUAUUUUUGUUUAUGUAUUAUUCGUUCUCUUUGUGCUUAAGGGGGCCUCCCUGGCCGAGUGGUCAAGGUCGCUGACUUCAAAUCACUUUCCCCUCAUCGAUGUGGGUUCGAGCCUCAUUCGGGGCGUUGAAUUCUUCAUGUGAGGAAGCUAUCCAGCUGACUGGUUCUAACCAGGUGCCCGCUCGUAAUGAAACAAUGCACGGAGGGGCAUCUAGCGUCGUCCUCCACCAUCAAAGCUGCAAAGUCGCCAUAUGGCCUAAAAUUGUGUCGGUGCGACGUUAAACCCAAUAAAAUAAAAUAAAUAAAUUGUGCUGAAAUUCUGUACUUGUAAUACUUUACAUAAUAUGAAAAACGCUUUACAGACAUUGUUUUUCUUCUUGUUAUAAUAAAUGUAUCGCUUUUCAACCUUAUAAUAGUUACUUAUAUUAAUUCGACUUCUAAACGUAAUUAUUUGUAUGAAUUAAAUGUCUUAAAAUAUCUUUUAAUUGUAAUGUUUCAGUUAAAGUUGUUUCCUUCCCUAAAGCAAUUUGCUUUAACAGAUUGUUCUUUUCUCGCACAACGAACAUCAUUCUCACAGCGUAUGCCUUUCUCAAUCCCAUAUAUACUUUACUGUAUUGAAAGGCCAUUAAUUUUCAUUAUUUUAUACCUCAUUAUGAAUUUCUCAUUUUUGUUUUAUAUAAGUAUACUAUCAUACACCACAGUAUACUUACGUUCUUUGUACAGUAAAUUGUAUAAUGCAUGAUUUAUCUACAAUGUAUUGAGUGACUGAUAAACCUUAUUAGGCUGAUUAUUGAUCUGAAUUAAUUGUUAUAAAAAUUGUACUGUAGUAUAUGUUUAUUUUGUACCUGUCAAUAUCAUAAAUAAUAAAUAUAUAAUAUAUAUA